AUGUCUUCUUCUUCUGAAACUCAACAAAACAUCGAUCCUAUUACUAAUCCAACCUCUCCAUAUUAUUUACAUCCUAGCGAUGCAAGUUUUAUACUCGUUUCCACUCCUUUUACCGGAAACAAUUUCAUUGAUUGGAAGAGAUCUGUAAUGAUAGCUUUAUCAGCCAAGAACAAACUAGGAUUCAUCAAUGGCAACAUUUCUAAACCUGCUGAUUCUUCUUCUGUCUUUCCUGCUUGGGAAAGAGUCAAUAGCACUCUCAUCACUUGGUUCAUGAAGGUAUUAGAUCCAAUAAUUGCCAGAAGUGUUCUGCAUUUCGAUUCCGCUUCUGCAAUAUGGUCUAAUCUUCAAGAAAGAUUUGGACAGACUUCUGGUACACAAAUUUAUUCAACUCUACAGUAA